GGAAGGGAGGGAGCGAGACAAGGAGACGGGGAGUCAGAGAAGUCUGCGAGGAAAGGAGAGAAAGGAGGGUCCGGAAUCCUGCUUCUUGUUCUGGGGCUCCUUCAAUGAGGACAAACGGAUCAUCAUGGAGGCGUUGGAUGUCGUCGAAGCCUUUCUUAAGGAUCAGGACCAAGAGGCUGAUCGGGCUGAGACUCGACGUGCGCUUAUGGAGAGACUGAAACAAGCAAAUGAAGUAGCGGCAGGGCUGCAGGAAAAGGUGGCGCGAGCCAGCCUAUUUCUACCAAGUUAUGACCUUAGGCUGGGAAAUGAGACCGUAUGCAAACUGCAUGAAAUGAUCACGACAAGUCGCCAUGCGCUUUCACCUCCUGCCACGUUCUCCUUCAAAUCUCGAAGAUGCCCUCCAGCUCCACUUUCUGCCCUCUUACAUUCAAUCCAUGGAGAUACAGGAUCGACCUCUCGACAAGAUCAUUUUCAAGGCGACACGCGUGCUGGGGACAUCGAUGCAGAACUGUGCUUCAUCGACAGAGAAGAUCAAGUCCUUGUCAAGCGAGCUGGUGAAGUUGGUGGACGAGACUUUGUUCUGUCGAGGCUGAGGAGAUGCACCAUCUAUAUCUGCGACACUUGUGGGGCCUUGCGAGCAGAUAGGUUAGAAGGCUGCAAAGUUUACGUUGGCCCGGUUCGCUCAGUCCUCGCAGAAAAACUUGAGAGGUGUGAGAUCUCAGUAGCUGCGCAGCAAUUGAGGAUUCACAGCGCUGAGGCAUGCGAUUUUUACGUGCAUACAAGAAGUGGCCCCAUAAUUGAGCACAGCAAGCAGUUGCGAUUCGGACGAUACAACUUCCAGUAUGCAGGUUGCGAGAAGCACUUGCAAGGGUUUGGGCUUGAUCAGGACUCAGACAUGUGGUCCAGGGUGGAAGACUUCAACUGGCUCCGGACUCAGCAGAGCCCAAACUGGAAGAUCAUCCCCCCUCUCGAGGAAGAGAAUCUCGUCUCGGGCGACUUGGCUCCGUCUCGAAGCUAGUAGAAGGCUGCGCUCAAGCUUGCAUGCCCCUUAGCUUACCUCAUUCAAGAAUCUUGUGAUACUCCUC